ACCAGCCUGCGCUGUGUCUGCUUGAAUUUGAAUAGACUUUAGGAGGCAACGUCUCCGGUGAACCGGAGGCUGCAGCGUGCGUUCACACACAAAGAUAUGGCGAGACUGAAGGACCGGACUCUCUUUAAAUCAGUGGGAACCACAGGAAAGGACUUGUUUUAAAGCUCCGAGGGGAUUUCGUGGUGUUUUAAAAAAAUGCCCUUCCAUCAGAGGAGCGUGGAGCCGCGUCGCGUGAGUCGGUUGUCGGCGAGGGACGGCUGGAGGCGCGGGGAGGACGCGGGGAGACGCCGGCUGAAGAAGCCCGUCCUGUUCUCGUCCCUGGACGAGGUGGGCUGUCACACGCUGACCAGCGUGAUCCACCAGCUCUCCGACCUGUCCCGACAUGCCAGCGACAUCUUCCUGGGCAUCGAGAUGGAGGCGGGCAUGGUGUUCCGGAGGUCGUGCAGGAUCCACGGACGGCUGCAGGUCCUGCAGAACGAAGUGCGCAAGCUGGACCCCAAGAAAACCAAAAUCCCCGUGUCUAACCUGGAUGAAGAGAGCAAGUGGACGGUCCACUACACGGCGCCGUGGCACCAGCAGGAGAACGUCUUCCUACCAGGCAGCAGGCCGCCGUGUGUAGAGGACCUCCACCGCCAAGCCAAAGUCAACCUCAAGACCGCCCUGCGAGAAUGUGACAAGUUGAGGAAAGAUGGCUUCCGGAGCUCCCAGUACUACUCUCAGGGUCCCACCUUCUCCGACCCGCUGCAGUCCUCCAGCAGCCUGCAGGACGAAGAGGACGAUGAACUUGAAAAAAAGUCCACGGCGUCGUCCGGCGAGGAGGAUAAAUCCCAGCACUCCAUGAGGUCCCAGACGUCGCACGGAGGGGGCGAAGCGGGCGAGGCGUCCGACGUCGACGGGCAGGCGGUAUGGAGCAAGGCCCCGCCCCUCCCGACCCCGGAGGAGAAGAUGAGGCAGGCGGCUCAGGCCGUGGCCACCGACAUCGUGCCCAUCAACGUCACAGGGGCAGUGUUUGACCGACAGGCGAGCAUCCGGCGCUCCCUCAUUAACACUGACACCGUGUCCCGUCGGCCCAAGAAGGUCAAACGCAGAAAGACUAUAUCAGGGCUGCCUGACAACAUCAACCAGGAGCUAGCAAAAGGACGUGGCGGAGAACUACGGCCGCAUUCCAUGUUCAUCCCAGGACAGUACUCCACUCUGACCCGAGCCGGGAGUGUGAACUCAACACUCCGCCGUUCGGAGACCAGAGACACCAGCUGCCAGACGGAGGACAUUAAGAUCGUACCCCCGUCCAUGAGAAGAAUCCGGGCUCAGCGAGGACAGGGAAUCGCUGCUCAAAUGGCCGGCAUAUCUGCCUCCUCGUCCACAGGAAGCAUAUCCGUCUGCAGCAGCGACAGCUCCGGUAUCGUCAUGCUGCCGCAUCAGUUUAACGGCGAUCCCUCGCGCUUCCACAGUCUGCCCCGACAGGGUGCCAGAGUGUCUCUCAGCGCCGACCCCAUCUACAGCAGCACACCCAUCAAGUCGGAGGAGCAGCCUCCGAGACAGAUUGGAAAGCUACAGGUGGACGACACCGUGGUACACAUGAGGAAUGCUCCGCGGACAGGCACGCUGCCCCGGCCCAAGUCGCAGGAGGUCAGAGGGACGCAGUCCAGCGAAUGGGGCGGAGGUCCAGCUUGUGCAGUCUCUCCUCAUGCCGCUUAUUCCACCUCAUACAUCCCCAAUGCCACCCUGUCUUGUUCCUCCGAGAUAAUCACUCUUAGUUCUCAGUCCAGUCAGCUUACCCACUCCCCAAAUUCGGCGUACCCCACCCCUCGGCCGCUCAGUGUAGCUACUCCCACCAACUCUGACGCCCUGAUCGCCAGUCCAGCGGGCUUCGCGCACAGCUCUACCUACCCAGCCUUGGCCACUUCCACCCCGACUCACACGCUACAAGACGGUGAUCUUAAAGCCACAGCGUCCGCCAGUGAGUCUGGCCACUCAGAAGGCAGCGUGCACAGCCACAGCACCCUCGCUCCAACGCCGCCGUCCUGUCUGCCGGAGGAACAGUGGAUCUACGACACACCGGAAAACGUGGCCGCUCCGCACCGAACUCUGACCUCCAGCUGCUCCACUCCGAUAAACCAGCUGUACAGCAGCCUGGACCACCACUCCUCCAGGACCACCACUGAUUCCAGCUCCCUGUACUCCCAGGACAACGACGGAUACUACACUUCCAUGCACCUGGACUCGGGCUUACGAUCCCGCAGUCACGGCAGUGGACAUGGAGUGGCAGCCGGACGCGCCACGAGACACAGCAUGUACGAGUGCCGGGAGAUGGCCAGUCAGGAGGACACUGGGAGUCUGUACAGCGAUCGCUCUUUAUCCCGCAGCAUUUCGCUUCGCAAGUCCAAGAAGCCCCCGCUGCCCCCGGCCCGUACAGAUUCCCUCCGACGUAAGCCGGGCGCCAAGAAGCCCCUCGGCGGUGUCAGCGCUAUCAGUGGUACUAAUGAGCCUAACGGCGCCAUGCUCAGUGAGACUCUAAUCGCCAGCUUGCAGCAGAGCUUACAGAUCGGACUGAGAGGGGGGAAAGGGAAAGGCGCCUCACCUUCGUCACCUUCUCACAGCCCGAGCAGCGACUACGACGACCCCUGGGUGCUACGCCCACGCAGUCAGAGCAGCAUCAGCGCGGGCAGCUCUGCGGCAUCGCUAGCGACCAACUCCAACGGCGUGUCGAAUGUGUACUCGCUGUGCCAUGUGACACCCGCCCACAGUGACACCAGCAGCUUACGGUCUGAUUAUGCCGAUUCUUGGGGCUACUACAUGGACUACCCCCGUAACCUCACCGACCAGAGAGCGCAGACCCCGCCGGGCCACGCGUCGGAUAACUCGUCAGCUGAGGUUCACGUUGGAGUGCAGAACGGAGGACACGUCCAGAGCUGCAGUCAGGCCUCUGGACCUCCUGCCAAAGAAGGGAGCGUCCCACUGAAGCCCAAAGCCUCCACCUCCUCCCCGGACCGGGUGCACAGGCUGACCUCCCCUUCCAGUGGCUACUCCAGCCAGUCCAAUACCCCCACGGCUGGCACUCCAGUGCCCGCCUUCGUCAGGUCCAUGUCCCCGUCAGGCAGCCGGCCGAAGCCCAAAGUGCCAGAGAGGAAGUCGUCUCUUCUCUCCUCAGUUUCCAUCUCCUCCUCGUCCACAUCGCUCUCCUCCAACACUUCGGAUUCGCUCAAAAGCUCUGCCGCCCUUCCUCAACAGCUUCCCCUGCUGUCCUCCUCUUCAGCUCCCAGCACCCCUCUGAGCCCACCUCCACCCUUCCCUCCUCCUUUACCACCAAGUUCCGCUUCUUCCACGCCUCCCCCAGCUCCGCCAUUACCACCCAACGCCCAGGGCAGUUCUUUGAGCCCGCUCUCUGCUUGUUCCACCUCCCCAGAGUUUCCACCUCCUCCUUCCCCCGAGACUCUGAUCCACCCCAGUUCUUCCUUUAACGGGAGCUUCAGCCCCCCUCCGCCGCCUCCCCCUGCGUCCUGUGCUGGGCCCCCUCCUCCACCUCCUCUGCCUGCUUUUGUCCCCGCUUCUUCCACCCCAUCUGCUAAGACGUCAGUGAAGGAGGUUCCCAAACCAGCUCCGAGCAGCCCGCCGAGGCUGCCUAAGCCGUUGAUCACCCCGUUUGCGCUCCAGAGUGUUCAGCUCCGUUCUGUCAAGCAGUCAGAAAAAGAAAUCAAUGGCAAUUCGGACCACGUUAAAACUCAGGAAGUGGGAUUAGACUUCCUCCAGGGUCUCAAGCCCCUGAUCCUGGACACUUGUAACUCUCAGCAACAGCCAUCUGUGUUGCCUGUGCUGAGCGGCUCUUCGUACGAAGACUCGGAGUGUUGCCCACCGUCACCGGUGUCAAAGCUAUUGGAUGAGUUGUCUCUAGACGGCAGUAUCACAAACGACACAAACGAUUGUGGUGCCGUCACUGAGAAAGCUGACAACCAGAGUGGCUUUCUUAUCAACGGAAGUGGAAAUGAUGAAGAACUGGUCAGUUCCUCCGAGAGUGUUCAUAGAUCCCCCGUCAAACAGAAGCCCCCCGCCGUCUCAAAGAAACCCAAACUUUCCCUCAUCCCGACGUUCAACUCUCAACCAGCCGGUGAAAAGCCUGCGGCUCGACUCGAGGACUCAACCGCUCUGCUACAGGCAGAAGACCAAGUAGAUGCUCCGCUGACUCACAGGAAAGAAGUCGAGCAACAGGAGGAGGAAGAGCUUUCAGAAAGCAACGAAAUAUUCACACAAUUCAAGGAUGAGAUCUACGUCUCUGUCUCAGCUUAUCCGGACGCUAGUACUGACCAAGGGUUCUGUACCAACGGACUGACUCUCGAAGAGGAAGAGGAGGAGGGAGACGGAGCAAGCAGCACCUCUGGGUCCAUCAGCUCCAAGGAGGAUGACACAGGUGAGGUGUUCGAAUCCAGCGCGACAGAAGCGUCUCCGGCCCCGUCCUCCAACGGGACGCCCGAGGGGAAGAUGGUGACCCCGACUCCCACGCGGCCCCGGACCACCGAGGACCUCUUCGCGGCCAUACACAGGUCAAAACGCAAGGUCCUGGGUCGAAGGGAGUCCGAGGAGGACAAGUCCAGGUCGGGAAGCCACCCGCAGUCCCCACCGGCGACGCCGACCAGCCCCGCUCCGGGGUCCAUGUCGUCGCUGCCCCGCCAGUCGGGCUCCAUCCAGCGCAACCUGCGCAAGUCCGCCACCAGCAGCGACACCUUCAAGGCCCUCCUCCUGAAGAAGGGCAGCCGCUCCGAGACCAGCUUCCGCAUGUCGGCCGCCGAGAUGCUCCGCUCCACCGACCCGCGCUUCCAGCGGACCCGCUCGGAGUCGUCUCUGGACCCCCCCGGCGGCUCGCCGUCCUCGCCGACGGCGCCGCACAGCCCCUCCGCCUCCCCCGGCCGCGGCAAGCGGGCGACGGAGGAGUGGAGCCGCUACGAGGCCCUGGCGCUCUCCUCGCCGAACUCCUCGCCCUUCUCCAUGGGCGGAUUUAAGUACGGACGCUCCCGGACGCCGCCCUCGGCCGCCAGCAGCAAGUACAACGCGCGCAGUCGAAUCCUCAGCAGCCCCAUGACGGUGAUCUGCGAGCGAGAGGGGGAGCUCGCCGAGAGCGAGUACGGAGACGUGGCGGAGAGCCUGUCCGGGCCGGCGGCUCAGACGCCGCCCGUCCUCUCAGACUCCAACGGCACUUUGUCCGACGAGAGCAGGAGUUAGAGGUGGAAGCGCCGCCGCCGCCGGGGACGCCGGGAGCCGAACUGAUUUGUCGCAGCCGGGCAGCGGGUGGAGGAGAUAACUCUACACCUUUCUGUUUCCGCGCUCCACCCUGAGGGAACGGCCAUGCCAGGUCCUGACCUGAGGCCAGCGCUCGCCCCAACACAGUGGACAGGAAGCGGUCCAAAGAGGAGUGUGUCGCUUCCCAGGACCGCCGUCACCACCAUCCUUUCCCUUCUUUGCUGAUUUUCCCCUCUUCUGUUUAACGCCUGGUGUUCUGAGUCUGUUUCUCCUUUGUUUUUGCUUCUUUUUAUAUGUUUUCUUUUUUAUGGAGCUCCUCCAUUUUUGUUGAAGAGCAAAGGGUGAAGUGAAAGCAGCGACAAACCGUUGGAUUGUCUUCGCUGGUGCAACGUAGCUGAAUAGCAAAGAGAGGAAUUUAAAGGUGUGCUUGGAUUCCCGCCUCGCGAAUCUUCUCCGUUUCUGCUUUUUUUUUUUUUUUUUUUUUUUUCUUGCCUGCGAGUUCUGGAGAAAAGCGUGACUAGCAGGGUUUGAAGGUGUGAGCUUCAAACGGCUGGCGGUGCUGCAGACGCAGCACAGCGGACGGCGCCGUGGAAACUCCUUCAGCUCCGGUUCCCUGUGAGUUUGGACUUCCUGCUCCCGGGGCAGUGGUUUCGUAUGCAGAGCUUGGCGUGUUCGUGACGGCUCAGCGCUGCCGCCGUGAGACCGGAAUGGAGUGAACGAGAGUCGGGGGUGUAAAGGCUCGACCUAAAGGGUUAAUGCGUUCAGUUGAAAAGGCUCAUAAAAUCUCCAUUAACCAAUUUUUGAUUGGUAGAUUUUACACUGUGCAUAGGUCUUCUUAUUUUGUUUGUUUUUUUUAUGUUCAAAGUGUGUUUUAACGAUUGUUUUAGUUCAUGAAAAUGUCAUAAAUUGUGUUCAGGAGCUAGGUAUGAAUCUACAAAUGUAAAGCAAAGAGUGACUUAAGAUAUAAAUCUUAUUUUAUAGUCGGGGUCUUUUAGUGAUUGUGUUGGUUACCAAAGAGCUUGAAGAAUGAAGCGAGCGUUGAUCUGGACUCGAACACAAUCCGAGAGUGUGAGCGCUUCUCUGUCCGAACCACCCUCUGUUAGCUUUGCCGAAAGUUUCUUGAUAGACCUUUUAGGGCUGAAAUGAUUUCUAUGAUGCUGUUGACCUUUUCUUUUAAGUUUAUCCUCCAGCAGUUUUAUAAGUUCU